GGCGCGAACAACAUCUAGUCUGAAUUUGUCCACCGUUCGAUUCGCAUACGUGCUCGUUCGUUGAUCAAUCGUGUGACACCGGUGUGAAAAACAUUUAUUGACCGAAAGUAUCUUGCGAUCACGACUGAAACAAGGAUGAAAGAAAAACGUAACGAAGGAUCGGAACAUGAGGUUUAACGGGUUUGCUUGCGCGUUCUCUUGUUACAUACGACCUUAACACUAUUAUUCACAUUGCGAAUCGAAGAAUCAAGAAUGGCGCUCGUUGUUAUCGUGAAGAAUUUUCAAGGAUUGAAAUGUAAAGGGGACAAGAUUGUCAAGGUCGAUUUUCGGGGUGUCUCUCAUUAUUCAAAGUGUCUGGAAGAAAGCGGAGAUUAUAUUUCGGUAGAUGAGAGUUUUACUUGGAACUUGGGAAGACCGGUGGAUGAAGUGGAAGUGUUGCAAUUGUCGGUGAUAUCGCGAGGAGUUUUAAAAAACGAAAAGGUGCUCGCGAAAUAUGGUUUGGUUUUACAGACAGUGGUGCGGGAAGGACGAAUCGAUAUUACGGAUUUUUUAGUGGACUUAAAUAACAAACCACUUCCGACUGUCGUUUGCUUCGAAAUUCGAUACAAUCCUCCUGACGGAAGCUGCAGCUCGUAUGCGGCGUCGGAAAUAAUGGAGGAUGAACAACAGAUGCUGAUCGACAUUGAGCAAAACAUAGCGAAUCUCGAAAGAAGCCUGGAGCAAGCUAAUACUGCCGCCGAAGCUGGGAAAAGGAAGGGAUCUUGGCACAGCCCUCAGAAAACUUCGAAGCGGGGUCUUCUUCAAAGGGGUAGCUCGUUACUGACGGAUGAAAAAUCACCUGAUCGAAAAAGUAAAAGUUCAACGUUAAAAAGCAUGAAAUCGUUCAUGAAAUUGGGUAAACAGAGGCCACCUAGAGCUCGAUCCUGCGACAGUGGCUCGGAUACUAGCGAAUUGCUCGAUAGAAGAGACUCGAGCUGUCCGACAUCGAACGAGCCUUCGAGAACGAAUUCGAUGACUUCUUUGGAGACGAACAUCUCGGAUUACGACACUCAAGUUGGAUCAAACGCGGCAGAGCUUCAGGACAUGAUUGUAAAGUCAACGAAGAAAUCAAAACCAAAGACGAUCGACACAGGGCAAACAGCGUUAAAGGCGCAAGAUUAUCAAGUUUGCAUCACCAUUAUCGAGGCAAGGCAAUUGGCGGGUUUGAAUAUGGAUCCGGUCGUUUGCGUGCAAAUAGGAGAUCAACGAAAAUAUACCAGUGUCAAAGAAUCUACGAACUGUCCCUAUUAUAACGAGUAUUUCGUCUUCGAUUUUCAUAUGUCACCAGUAAUGUUGUUCGAUAAAAUCAUCACACUGUCGGUGCAGCAAUCGCGGAAUCUCUUACGCGCUAAUCUAACGCUGGGCAGCUUUAAGUUAGACAUCGCGACCGUAUGGGCGCAACCAGAUCACCAAUUCUACCACAAAUGGGCGCUGCUUACGGAUCCGGACGACGUGGCAGGUGGCCCGAAAGGUUAUUUGAAAUGCGAUAUAAGCGUGAUCGGGAAAGGCGACACGGUGAAGAUUCCCCCGAAGAGCGAGAAGGACGAGGACGACAUCGAGGGUAAUCUUUUGCUACCGGAUGGUGUGCCUAUCGAGAGACAGAGGGCGAAGUUUAUCGUGAAAGUGUACAGGGCCGAUGGGCUGCCAAAGAUGAACAGCAGCAUAAUGGCGAACGUGAAGAAAGCGUUCACGGGCGAGGUUAAAGACCUCGUCGAUCCGUACGUUCAAGUCUCUUUCGCUGGAUUGACCGGUAAGACGAGCGUCAAGAGGCACAGUUACGCGCCAGUUUGGAACGAGCAGAUCGUUUUCACGGAAAUGUUUCCGCCUCUCUGUCAAAGGAUCAAGAUUCAAUUAUGCGACAACGACCCGGUCCACGCGACCGUGAUCGGCACCCAUUUCGUCGAUCUGAAGCAGAUCAGCAACGACGGCGAGAAAGGUUUUCUUCCCACGUUUGGACCAGCCUUCGUCCACUUUUACGGGAGCAUUAGGGAUUACAGUAUCAUUGACGAGCAUUCGACGUUAAACGCUGGAUUGGGAGAGGGAAUUUCUUACAGAGCAAGAUUGUUAAUAGCCAUUAGGACAGAAAUAAGCGAUAACGUGGAGAUGGCGCCGUCAGAGGUCGAAGUAGAGCCGACGAUACCCAUUAACGAAUCCGCUUAUACGAGGAACGAGGAAUUCUUCCUGUUCGCGACGAUAAUGGACGCCACUAUGAUAGACAAGAAGCUCGGCGACAAACCGAUAUAUUUUGAAUUGUCGAUAGGGAACGCGGGAAAUGCGUUGGACGGUCACAACGAGAGCUCAAAGAUGUGCGACAUGGGACCAAAAAGUGGAACGAGCAGCGAUCAAGAAGAGCUUCAGGAAGUGUUGAGCGGAUCCUGGCAGAGUACCACCCCAUCUUGCAAGCCAAUGACUCAUGACAAAAUUUAUUACUUUCUUCCUUAUUGGGAUGAUAAACCAUGCCUUCAUGUCAGAAGCAUCUGGCCUGAUUACAGACGUAGAAUGUACAAUAGCAAUAUAAUCAGUAAAAUUUCUGAUAAAUUGGAAGAAGGAUUAUCGGAGGUACAAUCGCAUAUAGAUGAUUGUUCAGGCGAGAAAAUUUUAAAAUCCACGUUAGAAGAGUUAAGUAGCAAUUGUAAUCGAUACGUGAGCAUCAGCAAAUCGAGCGUCACUGGGCCAGGAGUUGGGAAAACGAAACUCGACAAGGAGAGGACUAAAUUGUGUCAAAGGGAAUUGGAAGGUAUAGGAAUGAUGUCACGGAAUCUUAAAGCUGUUGUCACCAAGAGUAGCUUUAAGGAAAGAUUGAGGACUGCUCAGGGGUAUUUGCAGAAAUUAAAAUUUCUGGUCGAGGACCCUCAAGAUUCUCUGCCGGAUGUUUUUAUUUGGGUGAUUAGUUCAGGACGACGAAUCGCAUAUCACAGGAUACUUGGAAGAGAUUUGAUUUAUUCCAUCGUCGAUGAAGAGUGUGGCAGAUAUUGUGGAAAAGUCCAAACCAUAUUCCUCAAACUUCCAGGCAAGAAGCGGUUUGGUCCUUCGGGUUGGGCGAUACAAGGAAAAUUGCAAAUUUAUAUGUGGCUUGGUAUCUUAAAACACAAGAAAUAUUUCACUCAAGGCUUGCCAAAGGGGUACGAAAUUAGUCACGAAUUGAAAAACGUCGACAGACCGCGUGCUUUACCACCAAUCAUUAUUCAUUAUGUUGAUAAACACAAGUUCCAGUUAAGAGCGCACAUGUAUCAAGCUCGGUCCUUGAUCGGUAGCGAUGCAUCCGGUCUUUCCGAUCCCUUUGCAAGAGUGAUUUGCGGCGAAUUUUGCAAGUCCACUCAAGUAAUCGACGAAACCUUGAGUCCUACAUGGGACGAGCUUCUUCUUUUCGACGACAUCUUGAUUUACGGGACCGGCGAGGAAAUUAAAAAGGAUCCACCGUCGAUCGUCAUCGAGCUGUUCGAUCAAGAUAAAGGCAAAUCCGAGUACAUAGGUCGAGCAGUGGCGCGACCUCACGUAAAACUCGCCUCAGAAACUUACACACCACCGAGAUUUCCACCAUCGUUGGAAUGGUACGAUGUAACAAGAGGUGCUGCGAGAGCGGGCGAACUUCUUGCCGUUUUUGAAUUAUUGGAAUACCCUUCAACGAAAGAUUAUGGCUUACCCACGUUGCCAGAUCCGAAAGAGAUAAUAACCCAAACUCCUAUUGUGACUCAGGACCAGGGACCAAUUCUUCCGGUUCCCGUCGGUAUUCGACCGACUCUGUCCAAAUAUCGAAUCGAAGUUUUGUUUUGGGGUCUGAGGGAUUUGAAGAGGAUACAUUUGUUGACCGUGGACAAACCUCGAGUAGACGUCGAAUGCGCUGGCCAUAUUCUCUAUUCUUCGGUUAUAACAAAUGCGAAAAAGAAUCCAAAUUUCAAUACACCGGUGAAAUUUUUGGAGUUGGAAUUGCCGGAGCAAGAACUUUAUCGGCCGCCUUUAACCAUCAGGGCUGUGGAUUGCAGAAGUUUCGGUCGUUAUACCCUUGUUGGAACUCAUACGAUAAAUUCGAUCCAUAAAUAUAUGUAUUGCCCCCAAACGAAGAAAGCGAAGGAUGUCGAAGAAAGAAGGAAAAAUUUAUAUCAAUUGCAACAAUAUACAAGUUUCGAUACGUCAAAAAUCAAAUAUCAAUACGCAUCUUUACCAGAAUCUUUAACCGAUCUUGAAUUUAGUAUCGGAGAUGCGAUCAUUACCCUAGGUUUAGAGCAAGAUUGGCCAACGAAGAGGGAUAAAACGGAACAGAAUAUAAAAAAGAAGCAAAGUUUAGUCAACGAUGGAAGUAUGGGAGAUUUCAGUAUUUUCGAGGACGAGGAAGGUUGUCAAGAUUGGUGGACGAAAUACUUUGCCUCUAUUGAAGCCAUGAUAGAAGAAAAUAAGGAACUUCGUAGAGAGAAACCAAUGUUUCAAACGCAAGCGAAUGGUAAUCUAUUGAAUUACAUGGAGGAAAGUUGCAAUCAAAAUCAAGUGAAUCCAUCCGGUGAGAAGAGUCCUGGUGCCACCGCGAAAAGAUUAUUUGGCCUAAAAUCGGCGGCUAAUACAGCGAAGUUUGUUUCGAAACUUAGUCCUAAGCAAACUUACCGGAAAUUCCCGAAAACAGCGUUGUUGAAAAUUUAUCCGAACGAAUUGGAAGCUCAACCGGAAUUCGAACAGUUCAAGGAAUGGUUGCAUACGUUCGAAUUGUAUAGAGGAAAGAAAACUGGAGAUGAGCCUGAAGACGAGUCUAGAAUAGUUGGAUGCUUUAAAGGAGCGUUGAAAGUUUAUAAAUGGCCUCUUCCUAAAGAUUUAAUAGAUCACACGGUUAUGGGCUUCGAUCCGCAAUAUGGUUUCUUUCAAGGUGUACCUUCGAACGAACCGAUUCAUGUAUUGGUACGAGUCUAUAUUGUCAAGGCGAACGAUCUUCAUCCUUGCGAUUUGAACGGAAAAGCGGAUCCAUACGUCGUUCUCCAGCUAGGCAAUAAAAGAAUCAGUGAUAAAGAGAAUUACGUAUCAAAACAGCUUAAUCCUGUUUUUGGCAAGUGUUUCGAAAUAGAAGCAACCUUUCCACAGGAUUCGUUGUUAACUGUCCAAGUAUUGGAUUGGGACUUAGUCGGCACCGAUGAUAUGAUCGGUGAAACAAAAAUCGAUUUGGAAAAUAGAUUUUAUAGUAGGCAUCGCGCUACUUGUGGAUUAGCCAAAAAAUAUGACGAAUCUGGUUACAAUAAAUGGAGGGAUGCGAUGAAACCAACGCAAAUUUUGUCAAAACUUUGUAAAGAGGGAAAGAUUGAUGGACCAGUAUAUUCACACGGAAAAGUGUCAAUUGGAAGAAAAACGUUCUCUUUGUCUAACGAAGAAAUGGAAUGCUACGUCCAUUCGAAAGGCAUUGAAGAGCAUCUUGCAUUGGCAGUUCUUCAUCAAUGGCAUGUUUUUCCAAGAAUCGGCUGUGCCUUGGUUCCUGAACAUGUGGAGACACGUCCACUUUAUAAUCCCGAAAAACCAGGAAUCGAACAAGGAAAGUUGGAAAUGUGGGUUGAUAUGUUUCCCAUGGAUAUGCCUUCACCUGGACCGUCGAUCGAUAUUUCACCGAGAAAGCCUAAAAGUUACGAGCUUCGAAUUAUUAUAUGGAACACAGACGACGUUGUAUUGGAAGAUGAUGCGUUCUUUACUGGUGAAAAAAUGAGCGACAUUUAUGUUAAAGGAUGGUUAAAAGGUCCAGAAGAUUGCCAGUCCACAGAUAUUCAUUAUCGUUCUUUAACCGGAGAAGGGAAUUUCAAUUGGCGUUUUAUAUUUCCGUUCGAUUAUCUCGUAGCAGAAGAGAAAAUUGUUAUCAACCGCAAAGAGAGUCUUUUUAGCUGGGAUGAAACUGAAUGCAAGAUCCCAGCUCGUUUAGAAUUACAAGUUUGGGAUGCAGAUCACUUUUCAGCCGACGAUUUUUUGGGUGCUAUUACUCUUGAUUUAAAUCGAUUUCCUCGAGGUGCAAAGAAUAGCAAACUCUGUACAUUAAGCAUGUUGAAAACCGAUGGAUCUGUGCCAACUGUAAAUAUUUUCAAACAAAAACGGAUAAAAGGCUGGUGGCCUUUUUAUGUCAAAAAGGAAAAUGAGGAUAUGGAAUUGACGGGUAAAGUAGAAGCUGAAAUUCAUUUAUUGAGUAAAGAAGAAGCUGAAAAAAAUCCUGCAGGAUUUGGAAGAAAUGAACCGGAUCCACUUGAAAAACCAAACCGACCUGAUGCAUCUUUCAUGUGGUUUAUGAAUCCUUUGAAAUCUAUUAAAUAUAUCAUAUGGCACAAUUAUAAAUUAGCAAUCUUAAAAGCUUUUAUAAUAAUUGGUUUAAUAGUACUUGUAUUAUUGUUCUUUUAUGCUAUUCCUGGUUAUUCUGUUAAAAAGUUAUUGGGAGCAUAAAAAUACUUACAAAUUUUAUUUAUAUAUAUGCUCAUGAUACUUUAAAUAAUAAAACAUGAUAUUUUGAUAAAAAAAAAAAAAAAGAAUAUA